UGGAGGUGCAGGACUGGGAGGAGGGCAGGGCCGGGAUACCUGUGCAGCCGCCGCCCCCAGCAGGAUCCCAUCCCCGCCUCAUACACCCAGCAGCCUCCUGAGGCCUCCGCCAGGCGGACAGGUGAUCACACAGCGGCCGGGACCCCGCCAGCAGCCGCCCGGGAAACUUCUGCGUCCUGCGUGUAACUCCGAGGCCGGAUCCCCCUGCUCUCCCCCCGGCUGCCUGCCCGGGAUCGCCUCCCCAGAGGACGGGCGCUGAUCAUGGCGGACUGGGGCUCCGGGACCUCCGCCCUCCUGUGCCUGCUGCUGGCCCUGACAGGGUCCAGCACUGGAAUGCAGGUGACGGUGACAAACCCCUUCAACGUGGUGAUUUUAUUCCAGCCCAUCACGUUGCAGUGCAGUUACUCGACCAGCGCCACCCAGCCGCCUAUUGUAACGUGGAAGUACAAAUCCUACUGCAGGAACCGUAUCACCGAUGCGUUCAACCCGACCAGCCAGGACACCCAGAUCAGCAACCAGCUGCAGCAAGCCAACCCCGGCUACAACCCCUACGUGGACUGUCAAGACAGCUCUAGGACGGUGCGCAUUGUGGCCACCAAGCAAGGCAACUCGGUCACGCUGGGAGACUUCUACCAGGGCCGCAAAAUCACCAUAACCAAUUACGCGGAUCUCACCUUCGACCAGACUGUGUGGGGUGAUAGUGGUGUGUAUUACUGCAAUGUGAUCUCCGCACAGGACCUAUCGGGAACUUCUGAGGCUUACGCUGAGUUAUUGGUACUGGGUAAAACAUCAGAGGUCUAUGAACUAUUACCAGGCUUUCAGAUAGAUAACAUGGAAGACUGGCUGUUUGUCAUACUUGUUGUCCUCGGUGGAUUAUUUCUUCUGAUGCUGAUUGGAAUCUGCUGGUGCCAGUGCUGCCCACACACCUGCUGCUGCUAUGUGCGGUGCCCAUGCUGCCCGGAGAAGUGCUGCUGCCCCAGAGCAUUGUAUGAAGCUGGAAAAGCGGCGACUGCCGGGGUACCCAGUAUGUACGCCCCUAGUGUCUACGCCCCAUCCAUUUACUCUCACCCGAGCCAGGGAAAGAUGCCUCCGCCGGGAUCGGUCAUUCAGAUGGGUCCCAUACAACCUAUGUACAAUGGCUACGGGGUGGAAUAUGAUGCCGCAAGCUCCGUGGGAGGGCACAGCUCGCAGGCUCCACUCAUUCACGACAGUGACGUUCCACAUUCAGUCAGAAGUGGCUACCGCAUACAAGCUAACCAACAGGAUGAUUCAAUGAGGGUCCUCUACUACAUGGAGAAGGAGCUGGCCAACUUUGAUCCAUCAAGACCAGGACAAGCCAACGGAAGAUUUGAGAACGCCUCCGCAAUGAGUGAGGUCAGUUCCUUGCAUGAGGAGGACCAGAGAAACAACUUAAAGAACGGCCUUGGUCGCUUGCGGAAUCAAGCCAUGACUCCCAUCCGGGAUGUAGAGGAGGAAAGUCUUCUCGGAAGUGACUACAGGCGUCCGCUACCACCUCGGCAAGAUCCUUAUGGAGAUGACCGAUUCCGUGGUGGGCCAGUCCUUGAUAGACGGGCUCGGGCUCACUCCGUUGACGACCUGGACGAUUACGAUAGGAGAGAACGAGCUCCUUACCGUGAUCCUCCCUCUGACAGCCGAAAUCGUGGAAGACGCAACUCUGACGAGGACGCUGGCAGCAGGGGAUACGGUAGAGGCCGGGACACCCGCUCCCCUGACCCCCGUGAUGACUAUUACGGUGGUAGAAGAAGCAGGAGUAGAGAUGACCUCUGGGAUUUAGGACGCUCCCGCCAGGAACCUGAAUAUGAUGAUCGAUUUCUUGAUGAUGUUUUGAGAAAGAAGGGUCAGAAGGCAGGCAAUCGAGACGGUGUAGAAAGCGUUGCCAGUUCUAACCGUUCUGACGGGAGAAGAAAACGCAAUAAUAAUGAUGAUGACUUUCCACCACCGCCUCCUCCAUAUACUGAAACAGAGUCAGUCUCUUCCAGAGGGAAAAAGAUGAAAAGGGGUGAAGCUAUGAGCCGAGAGAGCCUGGUGGUCUAAAACUUCGAUAUGGAAAGUGGACUAAAUCCUUUAUAUUGCAAAAAUUGACUUCGUGCAGGAAUGGCGCUAUAUCCCAGGCAAAAGAUCUGGGGUAAACAAAACAGGAAACAGGAAAAAGAAAAAAAGUGCCUUAACCUGUUUAUUUUACAUUUUUAUUACUCGUUGUAAAGAAACCUUUUUUUAUUUAAUAAUUGCUGGCGAGGAUACAAAAAUAUGAACUUUACUAUGUAAAAUAGUGGUUUUUUUUUUUUUAAAUGAGUUGUCUUUUACGUCAUGAGAGCUGUUAUGGGGACACAUUUUGUACCCUAUACAUUCCCGUACACAGUUAUUGCUUGGAUUAUUUUAUUUUUGUCUUAAAUUUAGUGCAUUGUCUAUUUCAAAUAUUUGUAAAUAUACAUUUUUUUUUUAUGGUGAAUUAGUCUAGCGAUAAAGCGGAUUUUUAUUGACCUUUUUCAGUCAUUAUAUAGAAUUGUGUCCCCAGUUUUGAAGUGGUCAGUGCUAGAGUUGAAACGUAUUUUGGCCAAUCAGAGCAGUGGACUAUUUACAGCAGCGCAGACUAGUUCAGGAGAUGAGCGUUGGCUUUGUGGAAGGCCAAUGACCUGUUCGUUCUUACCAAAGUAUUGAGAAGGGUUUUUUGGGGGGAGCAGGUAUAGCAGAAAGAAAGAAAGAAAUUAAACUGAAUACUGUACACUAUGUAUUAAUGCUUGAUAAUUUGCGGUAAAUGGAUUCUCGCUGUGAAGUUCGAAUGAUGGACAAUUAAAAACGUAGAGCAGAAAGCAGAAUAGCUCACAGUGUCCCAGAGACAAUGAUCCUGUGAUUUGUGUCUGGUUUUGACAAGAGCGUUUCAACUACCAAAUAAAGUCAAUGUGGUUUUGACACGUUUCAUGUGCCAGCUACCUGCUUCAUCAGAAAGAAAUAUUGUAGUUUGGUGUUAGUAUGCGCAUAACCAAACUUGGCUGGAAAAAUUAGAACAUAGGUUAGUAACAUGAAGUGGUUUGAUCAAAGAGCACACCCUUUGUUCCUAGGUAGAACAUACUUUCUAUUGAUACGUUUACGUCAAACACUAGGGAGCUAGUAGUAUGGUAACUACCAAGUCAUCAUGUAAUAACUUUGCCGUCCUCUCGGGCUGGUAUAGGAUCUUCUAUGUAUAUAUUGCACUGUACAGCUUAUGUUGGCUAAGAGCACUAUUAAAUAUUCUAUAACCCAUAGCGGCCAAUCAGAUUUUCAUUUUCAUCAUUCUGGCUAUCUGGACUCCAAAAACGGAUAUCUGAUUUGCUGCUUUGGAUAUGUAACGUGUUGGUUAAUGAUUCUUGGCGCACCAGCCUGGAUUUGUGUCUUAUAGACCCUUUUAAUAUGAAUUAAGAAUGAAAGUGCAGCACUACAUGUAAAUAGACCUUCCACAGUGCACACGUGUGUAUCACAAGUCACUAAGCUCUACAAUAUAACUGCACAAAAGUAACAAGUAUAGAACUCAGAGGUGACCGGAAAUAUACUUGUAUAUUGGCAGAUGUGUUACCCCACAUCAAAUGUGUGACAGCAUGUACACAAUCUUGUUGUGAACAUUUCUCAUGUACUGUUUUAUAUAAGUGACUGACUGUGACUUUCUAAAUGAGCUUAAAUAAAACAGACACUUUUUUAUUAUU